AUGCCGAAGAAAUUGACUCAAAGUAGUGGUAGGGGCAUCUACAACCUUAACGAAGAUGUCUGCCCUACGAGUGAUGCCUACUUACGGGCAUUGGAGUACUUUCGUGUGAUUCUCUUAGAGCGGGUAACACACCACGAGGAUGAAGUCUUCUCUGCUCGGGCCCGUUUUCAAAUGCAGCGAGAUCAGGACAGAGAACACUUUGAGCGUACACAGCGCCGUCGACAGCGGGCGGAGCAUGGCGGUCGAUCGCGGCCUACGGUCCUGCAGCAAUUAGAACAGGCAGCGGCGGGGGAAAUGGUGAGUGAAACCAUGUCCUCUGCAGAGGAGGAGUUCCGUGCAGAUCAGCAGAAACUGUAUAUUGAACAUGAGGAGGAAUUGCAGGAGUUGUAUCCACUUGCGUUUCUUAGUGAGGAGAGUGCGGGAGUGGUGGCCUUCACUCUACUUCCCAUGCUGCGAGGGAAACUGAUGGCGUUGGGGCAGCAACGUACGGAGGGAUGGAAAGAGCAGAUGAAGGUUUUGGAGGAAAAUGGGUCUCUGCAGUCCACAAAUAAUAAUAAUAAUAAUAAUCAUAGUGUAUUGUCAACGUGUAAUUCACAGGCAAGAACUGGUGGUGUAGAGAAGAUACAACGUACUUCUGUGAAGAGUGAACAUGAACAAGUUGGAGGGACGACGGUUCCUGAAAUUGGUAGAGGUGCAUACAUUAUUCCCCUUUCACAUUCUUCACACCCUGUUAGUCAGAGUUGUCGGACGGGUGUGGUGAAUAAUAAUAAUAUUGCACGCCGUGAGGAGACUCUUAAUACGGAAGAAGUAGUGGAAGAAGAAGAAGACGAAGAAGAAGAAAGACAUCAUCAUCAUCAUCAUCAAGGAAAGGCUGGAGAUAAUAAUAGUCUGGUACAAGCACCGUGGUUAACAAACCUUUCAACACUUGGUGCUGUGGAGUUUGUUCGGAUUGCGUUUCUCUGUAAUGAGCGGUAUCGUCAAGAGCGGUAUAGUGAGAAGCGGCGGUGUUUUGAAUCUUGCUUGAACACAUGCAAUAUGCGAGCAAAACAGCGGGUGGUGCAGAAAUUACUGCGUCGUGCGAAAGAAGAUGAAGUGCAUGAUGUAAAGAAAAUGGCAGAACUUUGGCGGCAAUUGCAUGAAGUGCAAGAAAGAGUGAUUGGUGGUAAUAGUGAUGAUAACGUGUUAGAUGACACAAAGGUGAAAACAGUAUCAUCGGAGAAUAAUGAAAAGACAGGGGAGAAGUGGUUUUCACCAUCAUAUUUACGGCGUGUAAUGCGAAAAGUACGUAUGGAACUUAUUAGCGGUAAUGAGAAUGGUAACAAUGGAGGAAACGGAAAAAAUCUUAUUGCCCCUGUUAUUGCUACUAAUACUAGUACUACUACUACUACUAGGGCUGCUAUUACUACUAUUACUGCCAUUACUAAUACUAAUAAUACUACUACUAUUACUAAUACUAAUAAUACGAGUACUUCUACCACUACUACUACCACUACCACUACUACUAAUAAUAAUAAUAAUACUAAUACUUCUUGCAGUACUUAUUUCUCUGGUGGACAGGAAUACCCUUCUUCCUUUGAUACAACUCACUGGGUAACUAUUACGCUUGAUGAUAAUAAAAAUAAAAAUACGAGCGAUGAUAUUGAUUUGGAGGCGGUAGCAGAUACUUAUAUGUGGCCGAAACACAUUGAGGCUAGUAUUUCUAAUGUAUUGUGUGGAGAGGUGGUGCGGAGUGGAAAGCGAUUGUUGUUGUUUAAUUCAGAUAUGAUUAGAAAAGAAUAUAUUGAAAAAAUAGAAGAAGAACAUGAAUGUGAUGGAAAUGGAAUUGCUGAGGAUUAUGUACGUACACAACAGAAGCAUGAUGAUGUGAAGAAAAUGUUUCAUGCAUCUCUGCCAGUUGUUGCACUUCCACAGCAGGGAAAGAAGGUUUGGCUGAAAGUUAACACCCUUGGAGACUUUAUUGCCGGAGAAGUAAAGUUCUACCAGAGUCAUUCACCAUUUUAA